AUGGAAAGUGGUAUGAAGAUGAAGGUUGAUGUGACUUUCAAAGGGAGUAACUAUCUAGUAUGGUCUAGGAUGGUGAAGACUGAUGUGGAAAGCAAGGGUUUAUGGAAGCAUAUCACAUCUGGUGAGGCUCCAAAGCUCAUUACCCAAAGAGGAGACAAGGAGAGUGUCUCGGAGAGUGAAGCUGAGAAGUGGCAACAAGAGGAUAUGAUGGUGAUGUAUGUCCUUCAUGCCUCAUUGGAGCCGACUAUUCUAGAUGCUUAUAGCUACUGUGAGACAGCCGAGGAGCUGUGGGACACAUUGAAGAAGGUGUAUGGAAACACCUCCAAUCUGAGCCGAGUCUUUGAAGUGAAGAAGGUCAUAACUGGUUUAGCUCAAGAUGACAUGGAGUUUACUAAGCACUUGGGGAGGUUCCAGUCCAUUUGGUCUGAGUUGGAGAUGUUGAGGCCAAGCACAACUGAUCUGGAGCUUCUAAAUGAAAGGCGUGAGAAAUAUAAGGUCUUUGGACUCUUGCUUACCUUGAAUCUGAACUACAAUAGCUUGAUCAAGCAUAUACUGAGGUCUGAGAAGCUUCCUGAUCUUGAGGAUGCGUGUGCUCAGAUACAAAAGGAGCAGACUCCACAAGCCAACAAAACAGCACACAACAAGUAUGAAGAUAGGAAGUUCAAUGGAAAUUGUGAUCAUUGCAAGAAGCAUAGACACAAGAAGAGCCAGUUCUGGAUACUCCAUCCCCACCUAAAGCCGGCCAAGUUCAUGAAGGAGAGAGAGGCAAGAGCUCACAAGUCUGAAGGUACGAGUGGAGCUGGGCCAUCUAACCGAGGAGCUAAAGGAGAUGGCCGUGAAGGUGAUGGCAAGGCCUUGACGAAUAAUGGAGGAGAGUACACAAGCUAUGCGUUCAAGAGCCAUCUAGAUCACCAUGGAAUCCUACAUCAAACGAGCUGUCCUUACACAUCUCAGCAGAAUGGUGUGGCCGAGAUGAAAGAACAAGCAUUUGAUGGAGUACCAGGAGAGUUGAAAAACAAGCUAGAAGCAAGAAGCACAAAGGCAAUGUUCAUAGGCUACUCAACAACUCAAAAGGGAUACAAGUGCUAUGAUCCAGAAGCUAGAAGAGUGCUAGUCUCUAGAGAUGUGAAGUUUAUUGACGUAAGAGGGUCUAGGAAUCAAGAUACUCAGGAUCAGAACAAUGGUGGUGGAAGCCAACAAGAGAGCUCUACUGCACCUAUUGGAGCUGAUCAAACAUCUCACCUUGAUCAUAAAGGGGGAAGCGAGCCUGAAACUCAAGAAAAUGGUCAAGAUGGAGCCGGCUUGAGUGAAGAAGGAGAAGAGAGUAACUCAAGCUCUCAUAAUCAAGUAUUGAGGAGAAGCACAAGGAUAAAGAAGGAUCCUUCUAGCUGGGUAAACACGAGAGUGUACUACAAUGCCCAGACUGUGGAGCAUCUUUCUCAGGCUGUGUGCUCCUUUGCUCAAUACCCUGAAGAGCAUUGUACCUUUAUGGUAAACUUGGAUGAGAUUUAUGUUCCAAGAAGCUAUGAAGAGGCAAUGAUGGAUAAGGAAUGGAAAGAGUCAGUCGGAGCUGAGGCAGGAGCUAUGAUAAAGAAUGACACAUGGUAUGAGAGUGAGCUACCUAAAGGAAAGAAGGCUAUGUCUAGUAGAUGGAUCUUCACUAUUAAAUACUUAGCCAAUGGGAAGACUGAUAGGAAGAAGACUAGACUGGUAGUAAGAGGCUUCACCCAAACCUAUGGAGAGGAUUACAUUGAGACAUUUGCACCAGUAGCCAAGCUCCAUAAAUCCGGAUAG